UAGAGAAGGGGAAGUGCACGAACGAGAAGAUGAUGAAGUUUCUAUCAUGUCAGUUUCAGAAGAUAUGGAUAAUGAGACCUUGAUCCCGUUGAAGGAUCGGGUCCCAAAGUCGGCACGCUCCGAAGCCUCUGGAACUUCUGGCAGUAGAACUCCAGCUUCUCGAUCAAGUACUGUUUUGCAGAAUAACCUCGACGAUGCUCUCCGUCAGGUUCUUUCAAGAGCGGAUAAUUUGGGCCAGACAGCUGCUUUGACAGGUCAAAAAAAGAUCGUCCAUGAUUUUGCCUGUCUUCUGGAGGGCCAUAUGCAGAAAAUUCCAGAGGAAUCGUGGCACAGUUUCCAAAUCGAAUGUCUGCAACUCGUUCACAAUUUCAAACAGCCAACCAGGCCAACUCAACCAUGUCAACAGCAACCCUCGUCAUGGCAGUCAAACCAGUGGCCAAUCAAUAGUCAUUGGUCCAAUUUCAAUCAAUGGUCUCCAGCAAGUCCAUCCUUCAACAAUGUUGGGAUGCCAGCCGCGCCUUCAGCUGUGCCUGUACCGAUACCAACGUCUUCUCAGCAGUCCACUGCUUCGACCCCACCCUCCCGACGUAGUAAUGAGAUGGUUUCCUCGGUUCUGGAAGAGCUUGGAGAAGAAAAAUAAUGUGUUCAACAGCAGCCGGUGAUUAAGAAAAGGCAAUACUGGUUGCAAAACUAACGUCUUCCAUAUCGGGACACUCUUUCAGUACUUACCUUAAUUCUUACAUGGUAAAAAAAAA